AUGGACACGGAAACAAAGCACUCGCUCUACCACUCCGCGCCGUACAGCGCAGCGGGCACCGCAAUGAUGACCUUCAAGCCCAUCAACGCUAUUCACCAGCACCUCUGUGCAUUCCAUGUUUACUCACAAGACCGCACCCGCCACCUCGAGGCGCACCACUACUGCACCCACCUCUCGCCCGACUUCCACCAAUGCAUCAUCUACGACUCCGACGCGCCCUCCGCCAAGCUCAUCGGCAUCGAGUACAUCGUCUCCGAGCAGCUCUUCGACGCCCUCCCCGCCGCCGAGAAGCCGCUCUGGCACUCGCACAAGUACGAGGUCGAGUCCGGCUUCCUCCAGAUGCAGGCGAACACUCACCUCAACGGCGCCGUCACCGACCUCGCGGAGCAGCCCGCCAUCCUCGAGAUCCAGCGCACGUACGGCAAGACCAUCCACACCUGGCCCGUCGACAUCCACCCCGACCUCCCCCUCGGCCCGCCCCAGCUCAUGACCUCGUACACCGCCGACGGCCAGGGCCCGCCCCCGGAGAUGGUGAAGGCGCGCGACGAGCGUUCGGGCAUGGACACAAAGAGGAAGCGCGAGCUGAGGAAGGGCUACUUGCCGCCGUAUGAAAAGCGAGAGGACGCGGAUGCGUGGGAGGAGACGAAGAAGGGGAUCGUCUUCGAGGCGAAGGAGGUCGACUACAAGCCGUAUCCGGGGCAGCAGAAGUAG